AUGCCCGGGGAGCCGGUCUCAGGGGUCCUCCGCUACCCCGACGGCGCCGUCUACGAAGGCGGAGUGGCGGCCGGGGCGCCGGCGGGGCGGGGCGCGUGUGUUUUUGCGUCCGGCGCCGUCGUCGUCGGCAACUUCGUCGCUGGCGUCGCGGAGGGCCCGGCGGCGGUCCUCCUCCCCGGCGGUGUACUCUUCACAGGCACACUCCAACACGCACGCGCACACGGCGACGGUAUAUAUCUUACCAGAAACACACUCACACGCGGCAGAUGGGUACACGGCGCACUACAACAACACGUUGCAGAGCCAGCGAAUAGAAACACCGCAGCGCAUCUUCUCGCACCAAUGGUGGAGCUCCUCGGAAAACAACUCACACAUCUUACUCAAUACGCACACAAAGAGGCAAUCACUGUGAACACCACCGCUACUCCCUGUGAACCAUUAGUACAGCUUAGUGAGAUAGACUAUUAUAAUUCUCAUAAAAUAUAUGAAGAAGAAGAAGAAGAAGAAAAGCAAGAUCCGCAAUUUAGUGAAAAAGAACAACGCGGUACGUGUACAGUCCCAACGCGGGCACCUUCGCAAGGUUCAACGCUUGGAGGUGGAACACCACCACCAUUGUUUCCCACGGAACCAAAUGGCUCUUUUUCCUACGGUACCUUGCGUAAACGGACAGUCCGGGUGGAUUCUCAGCAUCAAGAGAAAGGUGGAAUAAGAAAUAUACUUGUUACUGGAGCUUCGCCUCAGGCGAUAUUUGCAUCUGCUGCACCAGCAGCUAAUGAAUUUUUUUCAUUUCAACGUUUUAUGAAGUAUUGUGUCCUUUUUUUGUUUCCAUUUCUUUCAGUUCCACAGCUUCCUUUUUCCCCUAUUCGAAGCGCUACUUUGGAGAUGGAACGCGAGUUUGUGGUUAGUGGUGCUCCUCUUUUACGUAAGUUGGACCCUCCUGUUAUCUCACUUUAUAUCAUAGCAGUUGCAAUGUGCUGUCAUAUUGCGGCCAUUGCUAUCGUUGCUGCAAAAGUAGAUGUGAGUAAUGUGAGCAAUGGUCAUCUAACAACUACAGAAAUGGCUAUCCCUUGUGUUCUUUGGGUAACACAUGCCUGUAUUUGUGCCGGUUAUAAUAGUUACAUGAGGGUAGCACAUGCAUUAGAGCGCCUAGAUAGACGUUUGACACCACGUCUAUCUGCUUUUGCUGCAGGUAUAGUAGAUACUAAAACAAAAGUUUGUAUAUAUACUUGGGAUGAUGAGGGACGAAGUAUGGUUACUAAUAGACACUACCGGUAUCGAUGGGUAGGUAUUUCAGUUUUUAUUGGGAUUCUUAUGGGUUUUGCAGGACCUAUUACACGUGCAGGAUUUGGACAUCCAUUAUUUGGUAAUGAUAAAUACGAAAGAGCGGGAGAACUUCUCGUUUUUGCAUCUGUUCUAUUAUUUUCCGCUGCUUUGGCUUACUAUGUAUUAAAAAUGAUUGAUAUGCAACGACAGAUAUUAGAACAGAUGCGAGUAUUAACGCGACUUGCCUAUCUUGAAGAUAGAAGUAUAAUGCAUCCAAGUGAGUCAUUACAUGAGCGGUUUAACUUUGAGGAACCGUUAAAUACUGGAGAUGUUUUUAACGGUGUGACUGGAUGGUAUGUGGUACGCUCUAUUGUACUUUAUGCAGCGACAUGUUCAAAUCAUGCUGCACGAAGUUCUGCUAUGAGUAUAUAUUUCCUACUGGUUUUUUGUUGUUUUAUAGUAUCGAUUGGAGAUAUUAUUUAUAUGGUAGCGUCUGGGAAUGCACGAAAUGGUAGAUACUACUCUGUUGGACAUACUUAUGCCAUAAUACUUUGUAUUUCAUGGGGAGUUAUGCUUUUGCGAUAUAUGUAUAUAUGUGUUAGAACGGGAAUUGAGCGUGCGCGACACCUUUACCUUCUUGAUGUUGCAUCUUUAUAUCAUCGUCUGAAACCAAAUUUAACUGAUAGUAGUGCUGACAUUAUUGGGGCAUGUAGUAAAAUGGUAAAAGAUCAUGAUCAACUUCCAUGUAUUUUCUCCAUUCAAAUCACUCCACUUUUUUUAGCUUGUAUGGUUCUCAUUCACAUGUUAGCACUGGUUGUUGUUGUUGUGGAUGUGUACCUUGCAAUUCACUUUCGAUAG